ACAAUAGACCAAAAGACCAAUAAUAUUACACGACAUAAGCAAUGACGUCAUCCUCCAGAUACAUACCCAUGAAAACACGAUCAUAACAACAAGAGCCUAACCAUAACAAAAAAGAAAGAGACGGUUAGAUUUCUUUCAAGAAUGGAUCAGGAGGAGAAAAUAGUGGUGUUGGACCAUUGGCCGAGCACGUUCGGGGUGAGAGUCCACAUGGCCUUAGCCGAAAAGGGCUUGACCGAGUACGAGACCAAAGACGAGGACCUGUUCGAAAAGAGCAGCCUGCUUCUUGAGAUGAACCCUGUCCACAAGAAAGUCCCCGUCUUCGUCCACAACGGCGUACCCAUCUGCGAGUCUCUCGUCAUUCUUCAGUACAUCGACGAGGUUUGGAGCCACGCUCCUUCUCUGCUGCCUUCCGAUCCUUACGAGCGUUCUCGGGCAAGGUUUUGGGCCGAUUUCGUCGACAAAAAGAUACACACGAGUGCAGCGAAGAUAUGGAUGUGCAAAGGGGAGGAGCUGGAACAAGGGAAGAAAGAGCACGUAGAGAACUGGAAGAUACUGGAGAGAGAGUUGGGAGAGAAGGAGUAUUUCGGAGGAGAGAGAUUAGGGUUCGUGGACAUAGCUCUGCUCCCGUACACGAGCUGGUUCUACUUGCAGCUCAUUAUGGGAAACAUCGACAUGAACUCUGAGUGUCCGAAGAUUGCGGCUUGGGUGCAACGUUGCAAGCUCAAGGACAGCGUGGCCAGGAACCUGUCUGAUCCUGUCAAGGUCUACGACUACAUGCUCCUGAUCAAGAAACGAUACGGCCUCGACUGAUUAAAAAAAAAAAAGAAAAAUAGAGGAGAUGAGAUGUUUUUUUGGUGUUGUGGGUUCAUAUCGUGAUCAUGCUAUCACAUAUAUAUAUAUAUUUAAAUGACGUUACAGACGAAGGUGUUGUUUCUGGACAGUUAAAACUCAUUUACAAUUUGGAUUUUAUCCUUCAAAUUAAACUUAAUAUUA